GAGAGAGAGACGCGACAUCUCACCGCUUCGUCGUUUCUCUUCUGCAAAAGACGCGACGGAACACCUCCUUCAUCGUUUCUCUUCUGCAAAAACGAGACCCAGAUCGAGCGUUUCUCUUCUGGCUUCGUCGUUCGGUCGUUUCUCUUCUGCUCUUCUUCGCAAGUCGGAAUUUUUCUACUCAAGACUUCUCCAGGUCUCCUCUUCUUCGAUUCGCUUGGACCUUGGAGCUUGGAGAUUGAAUUUCUAGCCGCUUCAGUCUCUAUAUCUCAUCCAGGUGACAAGGCCUUCAUUUUUGGUUAAAAGAUGGUUGAUCGUCUUUUUGAGGAUAUCUUUCAAAUACUACAGUUAAACCCAGAUGGGAAAAAGUUUGAUAAGGUUACUCGAAUUGAAGCAAAAAGUGAGACAUGCGAGAUGUUCAUGCACCUAGAUGUGAAUACAGAGGUGUAUCCCAUGAAGGAAGGUGAGAAGUUCUCAAUGGCUCUAACUUCUACACUCAACUUGGAUGGAACACCUGACACUGGCUAUUUCACUCCGGGAAAUCGCAAGACGUUGGCUGAUGAAUAUGAGUACGUCAUGCAAGGGAAGCUUUUUAAAAUCUCAGAAGGUUCUAAACGGGAUCCUAAAGCGGAGGUGAAUGCUUCAUUUGCUGGGCUGUUGAUGAUGCUCAAGGGGGAAUCCUCUCAAUUCAAGAACUUUGAACUGGAUCAAAGGCUGUUUCUCCUCAUCAGGAAGCUAUAGAACUCAUGGCAGUCCAAUAUGGCAUUGUCUGCUACUUUAUCCUAAUAUGAACAUUGAUUGUCGUCAUGUUGUGUAAACUUGUACCGCACCCGGACAGUGGGGAUUAAGGCUUGGUUAAGUGGUAAUGUUUAGACAUCAGUGCUAAGACAGUAUACAGCUGUCUGAAACUCUUGACGUACAGUUCAGCUGCACUCUCCUAAUAUGAGCAUUGUUAUGUCUGCAGCUAUCUCUUCCCUUGGUUCUUCCACCAGAAAUUCCUUAACAAAACUGAUAUUCAUAACUGUGAUUAACUGAUUAUAAUCACUAAGGUUCUGGUAUCAGACCAGUAUCACUAUCAGCCAGAAACAAAUCUGGGAAGAUGUAACAACUAUUUACUUCUCAUGAAAUGGAUGCCAAGAUCCCAUCCUUGAUGACCA